UCUCAGGGGAGCGACCCAGAGUCAGUGCGGGAGGUACACUUGUGGGACGGUGUAGGAGAGCACAGUGGUUUAUCAGUCCUACAUGAACACACCAUUCGUCUGGACCACUUUGAUUCUGGAGCUGUUUUUCUGUGUCAACUUUGUCCUCGCUUCUGACGUUCAUAGGUCUUGCCGCGUGUUCUCGAGAGGAUUGUAUUUGUCUCCCACUUCUUUCUUGCACCGGGGACAUGAGUGUGUGCGCGCAAACUUCAGUGGAGCGACCGAAGCAAACAAGUGAAUGUGCUGGGCACGAGUUUGACCAGUACGCAGUAAUGAUACAGUUAUACGCUGCAUUUGAGCGGGUUAAUCAUUAGGAAGACUGGACUGAAUUCAGCUACAAAAGGAUUUUUUCGCAACUUCAUAGUUGUAAAAACAUUAGGCAACUUUUUUGGCCCGUUGCGUUAUGUGUCAGUAGCUAUGCCUUCAUACGCCGAGGCGGACACCUGUGAAGCACUCUUUGAACUUCAAGCCUCGGCUGCUCCGUGCUUUUAUGGAUUUAUCUCACAUCUGCUUUUUCCUCGGGACGUACCUUCUCUGGGAGCGUUGUCACCUCGUAGCCCGGCUCCAAAAUGCUAAUGUGGGGAACAGUUAGGGACAAACAUCGAUAACUCCCGAGGAUCGUGCGGGACGUGGUCAACAGUUCAGUCCACACUGACUCAAGUGUGACAUGGUCUAACGCAGGGUCUAACGCAGGAGCCACUGUGGUAAAGUGUGCUGUGGAGACAGUGCACUGCUCGGCCUGAACACAACGUGUUUCCACCUCGCACUGGGCCAUGCACUGCACACUUAUGACACUGGAGGAAAGUUUAUUUUAGCUCACUUUUUAGGGCCACCGUGUGAACGCAGUGGCUGCAUUUUCCUACGGGUAACCUGGAUAUGUAAACACUAACUUUUUUGGUGUCAAACACUACGUGUGGAUUUGUUUCUUGGUAAUCGUCGCCUCUCAAAGCAGUGGGUCUUGGUUCGCGUUCACGUCGUCUCUCCGCGGUGCUUGUGAGCUUUGAAGUCCACCAUGUGCGGCCGGCCCGUGCCGCUCCUCCCCGGGCCAUGAGCGUCCCCCCGCGGCGCCUGGCCGGGCUCUGGCCGUGGCUGCUUAUGGCGGGCCUGCAGCUGGUGCUGGGCCAGCCAGGCCUGGGCCAACCGGAGUCCGAGCGGCCGCUGCUGCGAGCGCUGAUCAAGGUGACCCUGCUCCGCCAGGAGUCCACGGGCAAAGCCAUCACUCUGGAGGGUCUGUUUGUGGGAGGAAGUGCGGGCUACGCGGAGGGAAAGUUGAUGCAGUACCACCCUUUGUCUCUGUGUAACACCAGUGAGGAUGAGCGUCCUGACUCCGUCUUCAUCACCAUUGUCAAACUGGAGCACAGGGUCCCGCGCUGUCUGCCUCUGCUCGAUAAGGCUCGAAUGGCCUUGGAGAAAGGAGCCCAGGCAGUUAUUUUUGAUGUCAGCGAUGAUGCCAAUGCUGCUGCUGAGCUCAGAGAGGCAGACUCGCUCCCUCGUCCAGUGGUCCUAGUGGAGGAGGGGGAUGCUAAGGAAUUAAUGGACUUAGUCAACAAGAACGAGGAGGCAACAGUGCGAAUUGAGUUCAAGAUGGAAACCAACAAAUGGCCACAUUAUGAUGUUGGUAUUCUGCUCACCAUUGUCCUGGCGAUUCUCACAAUCAUCUUAAUCUUCGCUUUUCGAUAUAAGUGCAAGUCUAAUAGGACCUGGGAUUCAGUUCAUCAACAAACAAUGCGAGCCAUCAGUCGGCUGGAGACUAAAACCUACAACUCUCAGGGCUGCUCAGGAUCACAGCGCCACCGUGGGGCCUGGGGGUCCGCUAGUAGCAACUCCAGCCCAGUGUGUGCCAUCUGCCUUGAAGACUUCCAAGACGGACAGAACCUGAGAAUCAUCUCAUGUGCUCAUGAGUUUCAUAAAGACUGUGUGGAUCCAUGGCUCCUCCAGCACCGCACCUGUCCCCUGUGCAUGCACAAUAUCAUGGGAGCGGACAGGCAGAGUCAGAGGAGCAGACUGCACCCAGGCUCAGAGCAGACCCAGAGCUUCCUACCCCAGGCCUACAGCAGCCCCCACAGGCACCCCUUCCCUCAGCAUGCCAUUCCCUUCUCUAUGAGGCCGCACUACCCCCGAGGACCCUCUGGACAUUACCCCUCUUUGGGACAUUAUCCUGGGACCUCUAUGGAGCCACAAUCAGUACGUUUUGUCUCUGGGCGGACCCUGGGCUCAAACUGUGGAUACCAUGUCCCUGCAGAGGGCCCUGGGAGGCCCCACAGAAUCACGGGUAACUGCAGGACUUCACAUCAUUACGGGCCUCGUCGGUCCUGCCACAGCUACCGCCCGUGUGCUGCCCAGCGCAGCGUGUCCAGCUCCAGACUGCACCACUCGGCCCUGGGCUCUCAACCUCGAGGGGCCGGGCACAGUCACCAAGAUGAGGGCAGCUGUUCAGGAGGCAGCUACCACACAGAACGCAGUGGAUAUUUAGCUGACGGACCAGCCAGCGACUCCAGCUCAGGGCCCUGCCAUGGCUCAUCCAGUGACUCUGUGUUAAACUGUACAGAUGUGUCUCUGCAGGGCGUCUAUGGCAGCUGGUCCACUUUCCGUAGCUCUCUGAGCAGUGACUAUGACCCCUUUGUGUUCUACGGCCCGGCCCCAGAGCCAGGGGCCCAGGCGCGGCCCCGCUCUCUGGACUCUGUGGUGAAUAAAACGGGCUGUGAGGAGCAGCCUCAGACUGUCUUUAGCCACGUGCACUUCCACCGCCACAGGCACCACCACUAUGAGGACUCAGAGCACACCCAGGCCCCACCCCGAGGCUCUGAUGAGGAACAGGGGGCCGCUGUACCCACGGGCCCCUCACAUCCUCUGGACUCUUCCAAGCACAGUCCCUGCCAUUGCCCAAAGCCAGAGCCCACAGACCGUCCCAGCCCUGGCACAGAGGCCCAGGAGCCCAAUUUGAGCCCUGGACCUUCAGUGGUGGUGUCCCCUGUCCCCCUACAGCUGCAGUCCCACUGCUGCCACACGGGACACUCCCACACACCCCCUCCUCUGGGGAGGGUGGGGGCCUGUGUCCUUGAUGGGGCUACUGUACGCUUCCACCAGAGUUUGGAUUUACAGGACGACCACAUCCACAUUCACUACGGGCAGGGUGCAGGCUUCUGCUGCUCCCCUCCUGAGCUGAGGCCUACCCUCCUGCCUGUGCCUCUCAUACUGGACUCUGGGGGCAUGGACGACUGGCCUUGCUGCCCUGGGACACAUGUGGUGUGGCAAAAGCGGGUGCAGCAGUCCCACUCAGACCCCCAACUGCAGGGUCCUGGGAGAUCUAUGGACAGACCACCCUGCCACUCCCACCAUGGGGCUGCUGCAGACAUAGGCACAGAUAUGUGUUUAUACUGCCAAACCUUACAACAUAAUCAGGGAUCUGAGGAGGAGUCAGGAGUAUGAAAACUUGUUGCAAUCCCAGAUUCACGCUGCUACAUAGGAGCCAGAAUGGACAAGCCUUUCAUUGCUAAUUGCUGCCAUACCUUUUACAUAAUUCAACCACAACGGUCUUGCUCUUGUGUCCGAAAUGUCCGAUAAAUAGAAAAUGUGAUUGACAAGAUUCAGAACCAUUUGAAUGGUGUAUCCCUAAUGUCCUGAGAGACAGCUGAAGGGAAUGUGGUUGAAUAUAAUCCACAUGGUUAGACUCGGUCCCAUGCUCGCUGAGGAGAGCCUCCUGAAUCCUCUCUCACUCGGUCACUUGAUUGGUCAUGGUACUUCAUGUUCUUGAUCCUUAUCUUCUGCUGAGUCCAGUCUCAGCUGAGAGAGCCUACCUCAGCUUGGAUUUCUAACCUGCCUCACACAGGGGUCUCUAAAGGUACUGCUGUAGUCCUCCAAAAUAACGUUCACAAUCCCUCAAACAUGUUUCCCUCUGUCAGCGAGGAGGUUCAUUCUUCAGCUUGGUGCAACGUUGGUGCUGAGCCCUGUUUUCAUUAUUUCAAAAAUGGCAGCUGUUCUCAACAAAUGUAUGUUUUUUCUCAGCUUUUUGUAGCCUUUUUGUAUUCAUCAAAUUGGUAUGACUGAUAAUGUCUUUGUCAUUAAAAGCUAUUGGUGUGGUUUUGUCCUGGCCAUGUCAAACAUAGUUGGUGCUAAACACUAAAGUGGAGAGUGAAGGGCAUCAGCUUUGGAAGCAUCCCGCUGUCCUUGAAUAAGGAUACUUCUAUGGCCUUCUGUAACUGAAGUUUUACACAGUAUAGCACAUUGUAGCCACACAAAUAUGAACCAGUCUGUUCUCAUUGGAAUCUAACUUUAGGUGUCUUUCUCACAACCAGAACAUAAUUUGGCUGUGCAUUUUAAUAACAACUGCAUAUGCAAUAAUUAUCAUUAAAAACAAAUGACUAGGACCAAAUUUGUAUUACCAGGUUUGAGCUUUUAGCACUUAACAUUUGUGAUAGUUUUUCUCUGAAAAAAACAAACACAUUGGCAGUUAUUUUAAAGUUCUGAAUGUUGUUGCUGUGAUGGUCCCUCCAUGCCAGAGCAGCCUCUUAUUAUAAGCAACAGGCACAUUAGACCUCUUACAGUGUCAACUAAAUCUAAAACUUAAAUUAAAAUAAAAUAAAUAUUUUUGUAAAGAGCCCCACACAGACCAGACAUAAUGCCAGGAAAAAGUUUUAUGAAAAUGUGAAUUUACUGUAUUUUUCUAACUGCAAAUACAGUUUUAUUUGAUGAUGGAGACACAGGAGCUCACAGCACUUAGUGCCUUAUUAUGCUAUUAAAAUAGUGCUUGCUCCAGAAGCACACCUUAAUUCACUAAGCUCUUAUUUGCCAAACCAAAGACACAUACCCUUUCCUUACCUGUCCCCCAAUAAUUGUCUCCACCAUCAAGAGAGAACAUGUUCGAAAUGAGCAUGUCUUCUGACAAUCAGCAUUGAACUGCAGUCCCUGUAUUACCUCACCAGUCGUGUUGUGCCUGGUGUAUCCCUAUGCCUUAAUACAAAUGACUGAACUACCGGCAGCACUUUGGCUUUAGAGUUUAUUAAAGACAAUAUAAACCCAGAGUAUUAAUUUAAACAAGGCCAAAAUCAUCAGCACUAUAAAAAUAUAAAUCAUUAUAUUUGUUUUAAUCUUGUGUUUUUGCAAGAAUCAUCAGCUGAAACUGCCUUUUCAAAUCCCUCCAGAUAUUUAAGGGAUGUCAGUAUAUUUUGGAUACUUUUGUGUAAAAAAGAGAACAACUGAAACAGAAAUGAAAUAGUGUUGUAUUUUAUAUAUAAUAGAACAUUUCAAUAUAGUGACGUGUCACUAAUAUAUUUAUUUACUAAUAUAUUUAUCCAUGUGUCCAGGUUAAAAGUGGUUUCUGUAUAGACCGAAUGUUUCUAUAUGGAAAAGGAUAAGUGCUAUCACAGAUGUAUAUCCACCUGUCUUCAUUCCAAUUAUAUGCAAAUAAAUUAUUUUGAAAUAAGACUUGUGAUUUUGCUGUUUCAUUUGUCAAGACUGAAUUGCAUAGUUGUUGUUAGGGCUGGGAGAUAUGGUCAUGAUAUCAUCCAUUAAAGUUAAAGUUAUGGUACACUUUGUUGACCCAUCCUUCUGCUGAGGCAUCUCCUCAGGAGUACAUUCCAUGUGACAAUCUUCUAUUUUGUUUGAUAUCAUGCGCCAUUUUUUCUCUGUUUAAUGCAGCUUUAUGAACACACACACACACACUUUUGCCCAUCCACUCAUCAUAUUGAUUAGCCUCCUUAAACUUAUGGGUGAGUAACUCAUUAACCAAUCACAGUUAAUUGUGAAGUAUUAGAACAAGCGGAUUCAUUUAUUUACAACUUAUAAAGCUACUACACGAAUUGUGUAAAAUCUAAAUUUUGGUCUGUCUUCAAGAAAAUUGUGAUAUAAUAUUUU